CUUCCCUCCCUGUCGCCGAAGAUGGCGGCCGCAGUCGGGCCUGGCCUGGGUGUCGAGGAGCUGAGUCUGCUGGAGAAGUCCUUGGGCUUGAAGAAGGGGAACAAAUACAGCGGCCAAGGAGAGCGGAAGACUCCUGUACUACAAGCGAACAAUGGCCCUAGUCUGACAGGACUGACCACUAUAGCCAUUCAUCUAGUUAAACAAGCAAAGAAGGAACAGCUGCUUGGGAGUAGUGCAGAAGAGAAGGCAAAGGUUCAGCAGUGGUUAGAAUACAGAGUAACACAAGUAGACAAGCAGUCCAGCAAAGAAGAUAUUAGAAUAAUUCUGAAGGACCUUAAUUCAUACCUUGAAGAUAAAGUCUACAUUACAGGAAACAAUUUUACUUUAGCAGAUAUUCUAAUGUACUAUGGACUGCACCACAUCAUAGCUGACCUUACAGUGCAGGAGAAGGAGAAAUACCUUAAUGUGUCUCGUUGGUUUAAUCAUAUUCAGCAUUAUCCAGGUAUCCGGCAACAUCUGUCUAGCAUAGUCUUCAUCAAGAACAGACUCUAUAAUACACAUUAAAUGCUGUGUUCCUGAAAAAUGAAAAACAUCAUUUGGGAUCACUGAUGUGCAAGCAUUCGUUUCUGUCAUUUCCAUAUGUGAAGCUGAACAGUUGGUGCCUAAAGUAAUAAUGUUGCAUUGAGUAGCUGUUUAGAAAUAUGGACUUCAUUAAAACAAUUGUUUGGCAAUUUUCAACAAGUGAAAUGUGAAUGAAGCUGCUUAAAGUAGAGCAUUUAUUUUAAUCAUACAGACAUAUAGGAGCUUAGCCUUUAUAAAACUCUACUGCAAUAUGUCAGCUGUGCUAUUUGUCUGAAUUGUAUCAUGCAUAGUACUCCCUUGUAUUUUUCUCCUUUGGAUGUUUACACUAGUUUUGUAAAAGCUACUAUAAAGUUCUAUUGUGCCAAGGAUUUUGAAAGAGAAGCCAAAUGUAUUGGAAGCAAAACAUAUUUAUGUGAUAAAUUAUUUUAAAAGUC